ACAUGUUUUCUUGAAAUGUGUUUGUUUUGAUUGUUUUUGUUUCUCUUAACUAUUUGUUUUAAUUGUGUUUUCCUUAAAUUGUUCUUUGUUUUGUGUUUUAAUUAAGAAUCUGAUUCAUAUUUUCAAAGGAUGACGUCCACUGAAUACAAAACGUCUCGACUUGUGGUUAAAAAUUUACCAAAUACUAUAACUGGGGAUAAGUUGAGGAAAUUAUUCUCCAAGGAUUGUGAAGUUACUGAUUUACAAUUAAAGUUCAAACAGGGAGGUAGAUUCAGAAAUUUCGCUUUCGUUGGUUACAAGAGUGAAGAUGAAGCGGAACGAGUUAAAGAAGCGAUGAAUAAUACUUGUAUUGGCCAGAAUAGAAUUUGUGUUGAAUUUUGUCGGAAACUUGGUGAUGGACAAAAAGAAAAGGGUAAAGGUAAAAAGAAAGAUGGAAUCAAAGGACAAGAGGCAGUGGAUGAAGAUGAAAAAUCUCUUGAUUCUAAAGGAAAAGAAAAGAAAGAAUCAAUUGUCAGUGAAUUUAAUGAGCUUGAAAAAGAUCCAGAAUUCUUGGAGUUCAUACAAACUCAGAGGAAUAUCAGCUCGUUGAAACAGAAAGUUUGGCAAAAUGAUGAUGUUCCAACUACUAAUGAUACUAAAGUGGUGGAGAAGAAAAAGUCUAAAGAAAACAAAGAAAGUAAAAAAGAGGAAAAGGAAAAGGAAACAAAAACUAAACCUUGUGUCAAAGGAACCUUCAAAUUUACUGUAAAGAUCAAAAGAUUCCCCAAAAAUAAGUGUAAGAAAAGUGUAAUCAAACAAUUCAUGGCACCUUUGAAGCCAAAAAGUGUCCGAGUUGUUCGUAAUCCAAAAGGAAUGGCGUUUGUAUCCUUCGAAACGGAGGCUGAGAUGAACAAGGCCUUAAGUAAAGAUCGAAAUGUUUUCGAGGGUGAACAGAUUUAUGUUUGUAAAUGUCAGAAUGAAGAAAUGAAGGAAGAACCCAAGAUGAAAAAUCCUAAAGAUCGAGUUGAGAAACAAGUGUCCGAAGAUGUUCUGGUUGACACUGGUCGUCUUUUCGUUCGUAAUUUAUACUACAAAUGUACAGAAGAAGAGCUGGAAAAGUUAUUCGCCCAAUAUGGAGACAUUGCUGAAGUACAUUUACCAAUCGACGUUGAAACCAAGACAAUCAAAGGUUUCGGUUUUGUUACUUUCGUUCCCGAACAUGCAAUCAAAGCUUUUAGUGAAUUAGAUGGAACCAUUUUCCAAGGGCGAACCCUUCACAUUAUACCGGGUGAGAGUAAAAUUGAAGGAAGAGGAGCAAAUUUAGAAGGUAAAAGUUCAUACAAAAAACAACAAGAACUAGAAAAUAGGAGGAAAUCUGGUAAAGGAUAUAAUUGGAAUUCACUGUUUCUCAAUCCCAACGCAAUAUCGGAAGUGAUAAGUGAACGUUACAAUGUGAAUAAAAGUCAAUUACUCUUGGAAGGUAAAAAGGAAGAGUCGAUUAUCGUUCGAAUGGCCUUGGCUGAAACUCAAAUCGUCAACGAAGCUGCUCGAUUUUUGAAAGAAAAUGGAGUAAAACUUGACGCUUUCAGUGACUCGGAAAGCACUCGAAGUAAAACUGUUUUUCUCAUUAAAAACAUCCCCGCCAAAACCGAGGCUCAUGAACUCAGAGAGAUUCUUGAACCUUAUGGGACAAUUAAAAGAUUCAUUUUACCACCGUUAGCAGUUACAGCGAUUGUUGAAGCUGAUAAUCCAGUGGAAGCGAGAGCGAUGUUCAAGAAAUUAGCUUAUCUUAAUUUUAAAUUAACUCCAUUAUACCUCGAAUGGGCUCCGGUUGAUGUAUUUGAUCAGAAAGAAUCAACAGAUUCGAAUGGAAAAAAUGACCAACCAACUGAUGAAUCGUCAAAAUCGGAAUCGAAAAGUGAUCAAAAUCACCAAACCGUUGCAAUCGAAGAUGAUUGUGAACCAGAAACAACCAUUUUAAUCAAAGGAUUGAACUUUGCAACCACCGAGGAAGGAAUAUCAGAUCACUUUUCCAAGUGUGGAAAAGUCGCUAGUGUUACUAUUUCGAAGAAAAAAAUGUCCGAUGGAACAUUAAAAUCGCUGGGUUAUGGGUUUAUUCAAUUUAAAGAAAGAAAAGCCGCUCAAAAAGCGAUGAAAUCUUUACAAAGUUCAGUUUUGGAUGAUCGAGCAAUUGAAUUACAAUUAUCACGAGUACAGAAAGAUAAGACCGAUGUUAUCAAAGCCGAAAGAGCGGCUAGGCCAAAGAUCACUGAACAAACGGGAAGUAAAUUAGCCAUUCGAAAUAUUCCAUUCGAAGCUACUGUUAAAGACAUUAAACAACUUUUCGAAGCUUUUGGACAGUUGAAAUUUGUUCGACUUCCGAAAAGACUGGCCGGUGAAGGAACUCACAGAGGUUUUGGUUUCGUAGAAUUCGUCAACAAAGAAGACGCUAAACGCGCCUACGAAGCGUUAAGUCUAAGCACUCAUUUACUCGGACGUCGAUUAGUCUUGGAAUGGGCUGCACCCGACGCGAACGACGGAAAAGAAAGCGAAAGCUUAGAAACGGCCACAAAAAGAGUUCGAUACUUCAUCGACACCGAACCAGCUAAACAAUUUAAAAAAUCAGCGCUAGUGGAAGAUUUGAAUAAAUCAAAGAAGAAAAAAUUUGCCGAUGAUUUUGACGACAUGUGAAGAGAAAUUGUAACAAAAGAUUAUAAUUUUUUUUUCUAUUCCAUUUUUUCAUCAAUUAACAGAGAAAUUAAAUUAUUUGUUUCAAUUGUUGUGUAAUAAAGUUAAAUUAAUCUACAAUAACAA